AUAAAUAAUAGUAUAGAUUGAUGUAAAUUUAGUAAAUAUAUAAUCUACAAAGGAAAAAAAAACUGAUGUUAAAAAAAAAUAGAAAAAGAGUACAAUAUUUUAAAGCAAAAGUCUGUCUAUAUAAGCCUGAGAAGGGCAAAAGUGAAAGUCAAAACCCUAGUUCUCUAAUAAACUAGCCACCUCUCGCCUUCUUCUAAUUCAUUGGGAGAUGAUGACAAGAAAAUCAUUGAGAUUGCUCGAUCUACCAUCGGAUUUGGUAGUUGAGAUACUUUCUAGAGUUCCAGCCAGAUCUCUGAGACAAUUACGCAUUACUUGCAAGCGAUGCAACGCUUUAUUCAAAGAUGAAAAUUUCAUCAAAAAGCACUUGGAGAAAGCAGCAAAGCAGUGUAUGGUCCUCAUGUUGAGUGGUUCAAAAGUUUAUUCAAUGACUGUAGACCACGACGGAGUUUACGACGACACCGUUGUUGGUCCACAAACGUUGCUGAACCUCAAUGAUUUCCAUUGUUCUCAACAAAUUGAGAUAUGUAAAAUAUUUCACUGCAGCGGGUUAUUGUUAUGCCCCACCGGGAACUUUAGACUCGUGGUUUGGAACCCUUGUACUGGGCAAAACAGGUGGAUCCCACACAGUGGUCGUUACAAGGGUAACUCCGAGUUUGCUCUUGGAUACGAAAAUAACAAGUCUUGCCAAACCUUUAAAAUCUUGAGGUACAGCUGGGAUAGGUGUGGCCUAGAACGUCAACUUGUUGACUGUGGAAUCUAUGAUUUUGAGUCUCAUUCGUGGAGGGAUCUAAAUGACAGGGUUCCCAAAAUGUGCACCAUAGUAUCUAAGGGAGUGUCUUUGAAGGGGAAUAUUUAUUGGAUUGCCGAAAAAAUAUAUGAAGAAUAUCUCUUACUUAGUUUUGAUUUUUCAACAGAGAAGUUUAAGUGUUUGUCUAUUCCUUCUCCGAGUAUCAAUAUCGAUGAUGAUUGUGUUCCUACAGCUCUCGCAGUUGUUAAAGAAGAACGACUAUCAGUAUUAUAUUUAUAUAGGCGCAGCUUUUUCGAUCCACCAAAGAUUGAGAUAUGGAUGACGACACAUGAUAAGAUUGAUCAGACCAAAGACUUGUCGUGGAGCAAGUUUUUAUCAGUGGAACUAGAUGAUAAUAAUCCUCAUCAUCAUAAACGUUUUUCAAGUAGCACAACUUUCUUUAUCGACGAGAAGAAGAAAGCGGCCGUGUUAUGCGAUCUGGAAUAUAUACAUAAGUGGAACAGGGACAUGGUAUAUAUUUUUGGAGAGGACAAUGGGUUCAUGAAAAUACCCGUAGGAGAAUAUAAAUGGCUGAUAAUGAGGCCACUUGUUUACAACUAUGUUCCAAGCUUGGUUCAAAUCCAAUAGGGUAAUGAGUAAACGACACGAGGACGCAAAAGAAACAAACGGCAUUUGAAGUGAUUUCUUGCAUUUCCAUUUCUUUCUCUUUGAUUUUGUCUUUCUUCUUUUGAAGUGAAUGUGUUUUGGUUAAUUACUUAAGGCCCAUUACUUAAUUAAUAAAAAA